AUGGAAGCUCCUCCCUCUGCAAACCGCCGCAAUGCGCCACGGUCUCCCGCUCCUCCUCCGCCGACCUCACCUCCUGUCCAGCAACCACCCCGCGCUGUGUCGAAUAACAGUGCUCGCCCUGACUCAAGCGACAGUGAUGCUUCGUCGUCCUCCAACCUGUCUGUCGUAAAACGCUCACCCUACUCAGCGCAGUUCCCAACCUUUGCCUCGCACGCAAACCCCACAAGUCCCAACCCAGGCUACACUCGCCCAUCUGCGCAAUAUAUGCCACAAGAUGGGACAAGGAAGAAUCUAGGGCCACCGCCAGAACUGCAACGGCAUCGACCACGGCAGCACUCGCAGGGCUAUUUUGAGCCGUCUUUGCCGUCCGCCUCUCUGGCCAGCCAGUCUGCGAUAGCCGACGCAAACAUGCCUCAUCUCACGCCUUCGCAGAUUGCCGCACAAGCGGCGUUCUCGCAUAUGAAUCUCGCGGUACCGGGAACGAACCAUUCUAGAAGGAGGUCGCAGACCGUGCCCGUGCCCGACUGGCAGCAGACAGAUGGAAGACGAAAUAGUAAAGGGUCUGCCACAUCUUCGCAAGACGAGACCACACCUCCAGAGAAACCGCAAUACAAGAAUGGCUUGGUGGGAAAUAAUGCGGCGACUACAGCUGCCAGUGCAGCCUUCCCAAGGCUGACCUCAGCCAGUCAAGUCUCGCUCGGCGAAGAGAAGGAAUCAAAGAGCAGGUUCAAGAAGUUCAAGCCCAAGAACAUCACGUUAUCUAGGGACAAGGACAGGGAGCCGAAGGAGAAGCCGCUGCCGUCACCAAACAAACUUGCCCCAAGUGGCUUGUCGAGAGUCAUGAACGCGUCGACAGCAAGUCUGGCGGACUCGUUAUCAUCGAAUAAUUCGUCGUUAUAUCAACUCAAUGCCAACCCUUCACAGGCGACAAUCAUCCCUAUACCUCCAGAAAAGGACAAGCAUAAACACCAUGGAUUGCGACAGAAGCUGAAGUUGAAAGACAAGGACGACCACACUUUGCCUCUCUCAUCGGCGCACUCCAAUUCCAAACCAGCGGACCUCGAUAAUCCACAAUCACUUUACAAUUUUACGCCAUCGUCGCCAGGACUAAGCUCUGGCUUUUCCAAGUCUGUUUCAGGUCUGGAUCUGAGACAUGGUGGCCGCGCGCUCAGGGAGAAGAAGAAAGAAGAGAAAGCUCAACAAGCCGCAGCGGCUUUGCAACCUGUUCAAUCGAGAGAAAGUGACACUUCGGAAUGGCCUGCGUUAGGUACAAGUACGACAAAUCUAUCGGCUGGCACGUGGACGCCUUACGCACAGGAUCUCAGUCAGACCUUGGCAGGUUUCGGAUUGAACAACAUGACGCCCGACGACGCCUGGGACUUUCUCAAGGCCAAGCUCUUGAGCGUCUUUGAGGGCGAACAUGUGCGAAUUACCGUUGAAGACUUGAAUAAGUUGGUGUCGAUUUACAUCCAACGAUGUGUGCAGAAGGUGGACCCCAGCAUCAUUGUGGGGGAUUUUGAGGACUUACUACGAACGGGCUUCCUCAGUUUGAAUCACACCCUGCGCUCAGUGCGCGACGAUCAGCUUGUACCACAUCUCGUCAGUAUGUGGAUUACCGUCUUCACCGAGGUGUUGCCUUAUAUGCAGGCCGUGUUUUUGCCUCUUGAUCAAGAAUUCAAGGGCCGUGGUGCAAUACUCACAACCCCAGCCAAAGCAGCCGAAUUCUGGGGCAUGAUACCAAAUUCGGCCAACAGCGCUCUAUCGUCAUCGCCACCAAUCUGGGAGACGUCUCAUGAGAUGGUCGCCGCCGGGGACGAGCUCGAAGUCCGUCGGAUACUUCUCAUAGCUUACCGCGACAUUGUGAUUCUCCCUCGCUUUGAUGUUCUGAAAGCGACAUUCUCGCGCCUCAGUCUCGACAGUAUCCAUGCCACGCUCGCUCACCUGGAGAGCGAGGGACGCACGCGAGGCAACAGUGAUCUAAGCGACCGCCCAGGCACUGCGCAGAGUCUUGAUCCUACCUAUGCCAGCUACAACUCUCAAGCUAGCACCCUACUCAGUGGAGCUAUGACGUCUUCUGGCGGUCGCUCUCGCGCAACCUCGAACCUAUCCAACGGCAGCAAUCCCGCGCAAGACGUCGCAUUUCAGUCCUUCUCGUCCCCACAGGCUGCGCGCGCCACGGAUAACACGCCUAGCCAGGUCACGGAAACUGUAGGUCGCAUGCUGCAGUGUCUCAGUGUGCUCUGCUCUGUUCAAACGGGCGACGACGCGCAGACCAAGAUGGAAGAGCUGAAUAAGCAGUUGAAACUCAACUGGUUGGGCAGAGGGCGAACGGGCAGAAAUCGGAAGGGCUUUGUUGGCACACGCAUGAGGACUGUGAGGAGUGCUGGAGCAAGCACUCUCGACGGGAGGGGCACGAUCAGGGCGGUCAUCGGCGAGAGAGAGGGUAGUCCAACGCCGACACCGACCAGACAGGGGACCGUGAGCCGACAGAGCGAUGAGCGUUAA